CAGACAACUAUCGCAGCUUCCUCUUUCCAGCAGUUUAUUCUAGAUGGUUUGACUUGCGAGGUCAAUGUCAGGUAUGUCUUGAUUCUUUGCCUGUUUAGAAGACGUCGUCGGGCCCGCACAAGCUUGCUCUUCUUAUAUGAUGACAAAACUUUUGUGUUUGACUCUUAACGAGAUGGAAGCCACAAAUGAUUUCUCAAGACUACAACGGUAUCUGAUUUAAGAAGAGAGCAAGCUCGUGCUGGACCGAACGUCGCGCAUGCUUUCAAUUGAUGGUGGAAAUGCUAACGAACCGACAGAGACGCUCGAAUGCCUCCCAAGAACAGACGCAAUCUCAAUGCGCUGUACCCGGAUCCCUUGCCGGUGAAGGUUCUCUCGCUUCCGCCGGUGAUCCCCCACAACCCGGUCUCGCUCGCGCAGUACAUCUACGCGGUCGUCGCGCAGCCUGUUCUCGCGGGCUUCAAGCGGCCGCGGCGGUUCACGGGCUCGCUUGAGAAAACGUCGGACGCGGUGAGCUCGUAUGUGUCGAGCAUAUACAUCGAGUCGGAAGAGGACAUGCAGGGCCUCUGGCGCGCCGGGUUUUUCGGAAAAGGAUCGCAGAGUCGGAGUGACCCUACAUGGGAGCUGCGCGUCGUCAAGAGACUGAAUGUACCGGGCCGCGAAGGCAUGCUUGCGCCUGAAGAAUUAACGGCCCGCAGACGAGAAGCUCGGAAGCGGAUGAAAGAGGAACGAGCACUUGCCGAGCAGGCUACUGCUUCGCCUGAGAAGAUCACGACGGUAGAUGCGUCGAUAGUCGAGAAGACUGAGACGGCGAGGCCGAAGAAAGAGCGCGCGGAAGAUGAGAAUUUGCUCGAUGGGCAGGGAAACGUGAGACGUCUGGAACGACUCGAGAUUACUCCUCAAGAAGCAUUUUUUCUUACGUACGCGCUUGACGUGCUGGACAUUUACGACGAUCACACUGGUGAUCGGAUAUCUGCGCCCCAUCUUCUAGGGCUACUGAUGCCAGACUGGAGACCAGACAAUGAUUUCAUCAUGAAAUACGUAGUCUACCACCACUACCGUUCGCACGGCUGGUGUAUCCGCAACGGCGUCAAGUUCGGCGUAGACUACCUCCUCUACCGCCGCGGCCCGCCAUUCUCGCACGCCGAGUUUGGAAUCAUCAUUCUCCCGCACUACAAGGACGAGGCGCGCAGCGAGGCCGCGCAAAGACGCGAGUGGGCCUGGGUCUCGGGCGUGAACCGGAUCGUGGGCGGGGUGAAGAAGACGCUGAUUUUGUGCUAUGUCGAGGUGCCGGAGUCGAUUGAUACUUGGCACACGGUCGAGGAACUGUUGACGAGGUAUAAAGUGCGCGAGGUGUCGUUUACGCGGUGGUUGCCGAGCCGAAACAGAGAUUGACGAAACAGAGAUUGAUGAUGGUGUAUUUUGCAUAUUUGGAGUUGGGUUUAUUUGUCUUUGAGGACGGAGUAUAUAGAUCAGGGAAUUAAUUAAUGAUAA